AUGACCGGCGAACUCCAUCAUGAUGCCAUCGAAGGAGACCAGAUCAUCUCACGAGCCAGUCCGAUUCACAUCCAAUCAGACCCAGUCGAGGCCCACCAUCUAGACCUCGAAAGGACUCCAACAGCACCAUCGAAGAAUCAUUCUGGUGAUGGCAGGCACGAUCUGUGUCAGAUCCGGUCGACAGUCUCGCACCACGACAUCCACGCCAUCCCAAGUCACAGCAGCUCGUAUAUCGAGGUCAAUGCCGCGCAGUACGAGCGCUUUACCGAACGACGCAAGAUCCUGAUCACCAGUGUCCUCUCACUAUGUGGCUUUCUCGCCCCGAUCUCCUCCACGACCAUUCUCGCCGCCAUCCCCGAAGUCGCUGCCACGUAUGACACCACAGGCAGCAUCAUCAACCUGUCUAACGCCCUCUACUUGAUCUUCAUGGGCAUCUCGCCUUGUCUGUGGGGCCCACUAUCAACCAUCUACGGCCGCCGGUGGAUAUGCAUUAUCACGGCUGCGCUGUUCUUCGUCUUUAGCAUCGGCACCGCGCUUGCGCCUAAUCUCGCUUCAUAUUUCAUCUUUCGUAUGCUCACCGCCUACCAGGGGACGUCCUUCCUCAUCGUCGGUACCUCCUGCCUGGGAGAUAUCUACACACCCACGGCCCGCGCUACGGCCCUGGGGUGGUUCCUCAGCGGAACACUAAUCGGCCCUGCGUUCGGGCCCUUCAUCGGAGGAAUAAUAGUCACCUUCCGCUCGUGGCGAGACAUCUUCUGGCUCCAGUCCGCUCUCGGAGGCUUCGCCACCAUCUUGGUCAUCUUUUUCCUACCCGAAACCAUUCCCGAGAAAAAGAUCGAAGAACUGCGUGAACUCCCGCGCAGGGAGCGUGUCAGGAAAAUCAUCAUCGGCGUGUCUCCUUUCAGGGUCGCGACCCUCCUGUUCACUUACCCGAAUCUUUUACUCGCUGGCCUGGCGUCUAGCUCAUUAGUAUUUAACAUGUACUCGCUGCUGACUCCAGUACGGUAUGUCCUGAACCCACGUUUCCACCUGACUUCGCCUAUCCAGUCUGGUCUGUUCUACAUCGCCCCAGGCUGCGGCUACCUGGUCGGCACGUUCAUGGGCGGACGCUGGGCGGACUACAUGGUGAAGAAGUGGAUCCGAAAAAAGAACAAGCGUGUCCCAGAAGACCGUCUUCGAUCCUGUUAUGCCUUCAUCGGCGGAGUCAUCCCGGCAUGCAUGCUCAUCUACGGAUGGUCGGUCGAGAAGGAAGUCGGAGGUGUUCCGCUCCCCGUGCUCGCCAUGUUCGUGCAAGGCGUCGCGCAGCUGUUCUGCUUUCCCAGUCUCAACACCUACUGUCUGGAUGUCAUGCAGGCUAAAGGUCUCUCUUCCGAGGUCGUUGCCGGUAACUACAUGAUCCGAUAUUUCUUUGCUGCGGCUGGCAGUGCAGUCUGUUUGCCUGCUAUUGAGAAGGUCGGCGUGGGUUGGUUCUCGACGAUCUCGACUGCUUUUCUUAUUGUUACUGCUGUUAGCGUAUGGGCCACCACUGUCUGGGGCGAAGGCUGGAGGCAUGCCGUUGAUGCUCGCAAGAAGGAGAAGCGAACCGCAAAAGAGGCUGAAAAGUCGAAAGUCUGA